CGAAAUCCUGUCCCGGGUCCCGCCCCGCCUUGCCUGCCGGUCGUCGCUAGUGUCAACCGCCGUUCGCAACGCCGUGGAGUCGGAGGUGCUGUGGAAUGCGUUUCUGCCGUCCGAUUACCCGGAGAUUUUGCUCCGGUCAGUGUCGCCUCCGGUGAGGGUAUUCCGGUCCAAGAAAGAGUUGUUUGUCAAGCUUUUGAGCCCCAUUCUCAUUGACGGAGGCCAUAAGGUUUCCAGAAAUUGUGGAGCUUGUAAUGAUAUGUUGGCUAGAAAUGACCGGGAAGAUGAAGACUCGCAUGUUGUCCCCACACACAACCUACGUGGCUUACUUCGUUUUCAAGCUUGCGGGUCGGGCAUUCGGCUUGGACUCCCUACCCUCCGAGAUAACAAUCAAGGUCGGGGGUUACGAGUCGCGCAAAAUUGCGUACUUGCGUCGCAAGCCGGACGCAAAACAAGCGUUACUCGAAUGCAUUUUCUUGCAGAACAGUAUGGAGAUUUUAAGGUCGCGACUUGAAGAGGGACAAGAGUGUGUGGUUCGUGAGCGCAGGGACGGGUGGCUCGAGAUUGAGUUGGGAGAGUUUUAUAACGACAAUCAAAACGAUGAUAACAAGGAGGUUGAGAUGUGUGUGAGGGAGGUUAAAGGUGGGCAUCUUAAGGGAGGACUCAUUGUUGAGGGCUUUGAGCUUAGACCCAAGUAGCUAGGAACAUUAAGAAAUUGUUUAUGGUUUA